AUGGCGGAGGGUUCAAGUGGAGGGUCUCCGGACCGUCCGACACAUCCACAGAGGAGGGCGACGACUGAUCCUCCGCAUACUCCAGCUGCAAUGGAUGGGCAAUCCGCCACCGAGAGAGAAUCACCGAGAGUUCGCUUUUCGGAGGAUCUCGAUAGGGCUACGGUGUCUGCAUCUACUGGGAGACGACCUCCGAAUCUGGAUUUGACCUUGGACACGACGGUUAUUCCCAGGAGAUCAAGUGAUGCUGCGCGCACACUGUCUGGUCUACAGCCAGGGAAAGCGACGAACCCUAUAUCCCCCACAUCGCCGCAGACGAGGAACCGAGGAUAUUCGCUGAGGAGAUCCCUAUUUACAAGGGGCAUAAAUAGUCAAUCAGAGACGGCCCCGCCUGAGAUAUUGGAAGUGCGGUCGUCGCAAGAGUCUGGGGAUGCGCGACCUACAUUGAACGAAGGGAAGCCGAGGCAUUCGAUCGUAUCCCUGUCCUCCGACUAUGAGAAUGACCUGGCGAUAUCUCCCGUUCAAACGGGAUACAGGCCUUCGGACUCGAAGGCGACAAAGGACCAAAAGACGUUUGGGACCUUGAGCCUACCUAACUACGAUACAUGGGCUAGGAAACGAGCCCAAGAUAACGUCGUGGUGAAGAAGUUGAAAGGAAUAUAUAAGGGCAAAGUCAAACCGCUUUUUGAACCAAAGAAGAUCCCUCCGUCGAAAGAUGGACGGCAUAUCGAUCUCGAUGCGUCGCGGAAGAGGCCGCUGAUCGAUGAGCGGACGGGAAGAGAAUAUAUCCACAACACGAUCAGAUCUAGUCGCUAUACUCUUUGGAAUUUCUUACCGCGCCAGGUCUUUUUCCAAUUCUCGAAGCUUGCAAACGCCUACUUUCUUUUGAUCUCGAUCAUGCAAAUGAUUCCCGGCCUAAGUACUACUGGAACCUAUACGACCAUUGCUCCGUUGAUGGUCUUUGUCGCUAUUAGUAUGGCUAAAGAAGGAUAUGAUGAUUUCCGCCGGUACAAGUUGGAUAAGGUGGAGAACAAUAAAAGUACUUCGGUUCUUCACUCUUAUCGGCCGGUACAAGAGGAUUGUGUACCGCCGUCGUCGAAGACCACCGAUGGAGGUUUUAAGCGCUGGCUACCACAAGGGAACCCUUCCAAGCAUUUUCACUCUGGGAAGACUACCGAAGAUGUCUGCGAAAUUUCUCUUGAGAUGGAACCCGAAGGAGUAAAACAUUGGGCAACGUUGAAGUGGAAAGAUGUUAAGGUUGGAGAUAUUAUCAAGCUUGAACGGGACGACAGCAUUCCAGCCGAUAUGGUUCUCCUUUACUCGGACGGCCCAAACAGCAUAGCUUUUAUCGAGACUAUGGCGCUUGAUGGCGAAACAAACUUGAAGAGCAAACAGCCACCUCCCUCUUUAGCUAAGCUCUGCAAGACUUUGGAUGACAUUGGGACAUGUUCCGCACACAUUGUUGUAGAAGAUCCAAACCUCGACCUUUAUAAUUUCGAUGGAAGGGUGACUGUUGAUGGCGAGACAUCGCCUCUGACUACCAACGAAAUCAUCUUGCGAGGAAGCACCCUGCGAAAUACGUCCACCGCUAUUGGAAUGGUGAUUAACACCGGCGAAGAAUGUAAAAUCAGGAUGAACGCCAACAAGAACCCUCGAACCAAGGCACCGGCAAUGCAGGCAAUAACCAACAAAAUUGUGCUCAUACUGGUGGUAUUUGUCGUCUUACUGUCGCUCUUCUGCACGAUUGCAUACCAAAUAUGGGCGCAGAAUGUUGAAAGCCACUCUUGGUAUCUCAUCCAGGCACGUGUGCCCUUUAGCCAAAUUAUCAUCGGCUUCAUCAUUCUGUACAACACUUUGAUCCCACUCUCUCUAUACGUCAGUCUUGAAAUCAUCAAGGUCGGGCAGCUGUUGCUUAUGAACGACGUGGAGAUGUACGAUCCUGUGUCGGACACACCUAUGACUUGCAACACUACAACAAUCCUUGAGAACUUGGGCCAAGUUGACUAUAUAUUCUCCGAUAAGACAGGCACUUUGACGGAGAACGUGAUGAGAUUCCGCAAGCUUAGUGUGGCUGGUUAUGCCUGGCUGCACGAUUUCGAUUUGCAAAAGGAGGCUGCCGCUAGAGACGAGCAAAACUUAGAAGGCACUGAUAAGAAGAAAAGGAAGGGCAAAGGUGUCGCCAAACGAUUUUCGAAGAAAAGUGCCCCUAAGCACUCGGUAGAGAGUCCAACCGAUUCUGAUAUUGCUUCAACAGCCCAAGUAGCAUCCCCAGCCUCAAUACGAAGGUCCGGUUCUCUGUGGAGGUCAUCAGCAAGGCCUACAAGAGCCCAACCAGAACUUCGGACUGAAGAGCUAUUGAGAUUCAUGCAACAUAAACCUCACAGCAUCUUCGCGAAAAAGGCGCGGUUCUUCUUGCUGUGUUUAGCGCUAUGCCAUACUUGUCUUCCUGAAGUUAAGGAGGAUGGAGAAAUUGAGUUCCAGGCCGCCUCCCCAGAUGAAUUGGCGCUCGUCAGAGCUGCACAAGAUCUCGGGUUUCUUGUCAUUGACCGACCAGCACAAUCCAUCACGCUCACUUAUCCAGGCGGCCCUGAAUCCCCUGAGACCAUUACCGAGACCUAUGACAUCCUCGACGUAAUCGAAUUCUCUAGCAAAAGGAAGAGAAUGUCCAUAAUUGUGAGGUUCCCCAAUGGUAAGAUCUGCAUAUUCUGCAAAGGAGCGGAUUCAGCUCUCUUGCCUCGUCUAAAGCUCGCGGCAUUAGCAAUGGAGAAGGCAUCGGAGGUUGUGCGCCGAUCUAGUAAGAGGAAGAGCUUAGAGGCCGAGCAAGCUUUGCGUAGAAUGAGUGAGCACAGCCCAAGGACGAGCUUUAGCAGGCCGAGUUUGAGUCAUGGUAGACCCAGCAUCGGCCGGAGAAGUAUCGGACAUGGAAGGUCCAGUAUGGCGAGUACAAGGCUUCAACCCAUCCGGGAUGAACUUGACACUUGGUUAAAGGGGCGUGAGCAUGAUAUUGAAACGGCAACAGAAGACCAAAGCGCAUACCAAUCACCCAGAGCAUCUAUGGGCAGAUCCUCCUUUGCAUCCGAUCGAAGGGGCUCGACUUAUGACAUAGGCUUCGAUGAAGUCGUGGAUGAAUCCCUGGUGCUGGAUGAUGCUGCUGUAUUUGAACGGUGCUUCCAGCAUAUAAACGAUUUUGCUUCCGAGGGACUUCGCACUCUUCUGUUUGGAUAUCGAUUUUUGGACGAAGACGAAUAUCGUGGCUGGAAGAAGACCUACCUGGAUGCAACAACAAGCCUCGUGGACCGGCAAAAUUUGAUCGAAGGCGCUGGGGAAAUGAUUGAGCAGAAUUUUGAUCUUGCUGGUGCUACGGCAAUUGAAGAUAAGCUUCAAAAAGGAGUGCCAGAGACUGUCGAUAAGCUCAGGAGAGCAAAUAUCAAGAUAUGGAUGCUUACUGGUGACAAGAGAGAAACCGCUAUCAAUAUCGCGCACUCGGCCAGGCUGGCGAAGAACUACUCUGAUAUCAUUAUUUUAGACCAUUCAACUGGCGCAGUUGAGCAGCGCAUGGCAACUGCAUUGUUAAAUAUCAGCCAAGGCAGUAUCGCACAUUCUGUUAUUGUCGUUGAUGGCCAGACCUUGGGCGAGAUUGAUGCGAACGAGACGCUCGCACUUCUAUUUUUCGAUUUGGUCGUGCUUACGGAUUCAGUGAUUUGCUGUCGAGCAAGCCCGAGUCAGAAAGCGUCCCUCGUCAAGAAGAUUCGGACUAAGGUGAAGUCAUCUAUCACCUUGGCGAUUGGUGAUGGUGCCAAUGACAUCGCAAUGAUCCAAGAGGCUCAUGUGGGGAUUGGAAUUAGCGGGAAGGAAGGCCUUCAGGCAGCUAGAAUAUCCGAUUACUCUAUCGCUCAGUUCAGAUUCCUGCAGCGCCUAUUGCUCGUCCAUGGGCGCUGGAAUUAUGUCCGGACCGGCAAAUACAUCCUGUCAACAUUCUGGAAAGAACUCAUGUUCUACCUAAUCCAAGCAGUAUACCAGAAAUGGGCCGGGUAUACAGGCACAUCGCUGUAUGAGUCUACAUCCCUGACAGUCUUCAACACCCUCUUCACAUCACUCGCUGUCAUAUUCCUCGGAAUAUUCGAGCAAGAUCUCAAUGCGUCAACUCUGCUAGCCGUGCCCGAACUCUACGUUCAAGGCCAGAGGAAUGAGGCAUUUAACAUCAAGAAAUAUCUAGCUUGGAUGCUCAUGGCUACUGUGGAAUGUAUGAUCACUUACUUCACCAUGUUUGGGUUAUUCGGCGAGUCCCUCUUCACGAAGGACAACAACAUUUUAUCGAUGGGCCAAUUAUGCUUCACCUCGGCUGUCGUAUUUAUUAACACGAAGAUGUUGAUCCUAGAGAUGCAUAAUAAGACUCUAAUCACAGCAUUUGGCUGGAUUAUCUCGGUUGGUGGUUGGUUUAUGUGGAGCAUCCUCCUAUCAUUCGCCCCUAAACCGAACACCAAGACCUACCUCCUCUACCCCCUCAGCGGAGGCUUCCUGACACGAUACGGCCGGAACAUCCUCUGGUGGCUCGUUGUCCUCCUCACACUCGCCUGUUUGACCGUCCUAGAGCUGGGUAUAAGUAGUAUCAGGAAGACAUUCUGGCCCACCGACACGGAAAUAUUCCAAGAGCUUCAAAAUGACAAAAUUAUCCGACAGCGCUUUGAAGAGACUGUCCGAGCGGAAGAGGAAGGCGGCGGCGGGGACGUCGAGCUGGAGAAGGAGAAGAAGCCCAGCCAUGAUGAAGAGAGAGAGGGGGAAAUCAGAGAGCUGUUGGAUCGGCCGAGAGUCAUGACUGACACCACUGCCAACGUGGUUAAAAGUCCUGUUGAUGUGAGAGAUGGGGGUGACGGAUUCCCUAAUCGAUACCCAGGCGGACACCUGACGCGGAGGAAUUUAUCCACGGAGAUUGCGCAGAGAGAUGAUAUUGAGAUGGUGAGCAGCACUCAUGGGGUGUCUAAGAAGAGACACUCCAUUGAUAGCGCUGAGGUGUUGGGACGAAGAACUUGA